AGCUUUGUUUUUUUUUAGAUCUCGUGCGUCCCCCACAUGAAAUAACCUGAGCCUUUGGCCUGCUUCGUUGUCACAAUCACCAAAAACCACACACAGGAGAAAAAAAGCAAAAAAGAGUUUAUUGUAUUUAUAAGAGAAAGAGGAAGAUAGCGAGAGAAGGAGAAGGGUAUAACAAUAAUGGAGAAUCAUAAAGAGGAGGUGAAAGAAAGAAAGGAGGAGGAGGUGGGACCAAUGGCUGGGGCGGACGAGGGGGAGGAGGAGGAGGCGGAGGAUGAUGAUGAAGUGACUAGCUUGACGCUUGAAAGGGUGGCUGCCGCUAAGCAGUUCAUUGAGAGCCACUAUAAAGCCCAUAUGAAACAUAUCCAAGAACGCAAAGAAAGUAUGAAUUGCAGGCGUUCAGUGCUGGAAAAGAAGUUGGCAUCUUCAGAUGUUUCAGAAGAGGAACAAAAGAAUCUGCUGAAGGAUUUGGAGCGCAAAGAGUCAGAUUAUAUGCGGCUUAAAAGAAACAAGAUUUGUGUUGAUGAUUUUGACCUUUUAACCAUUAUUGGGAGAGGAGCUUUUGGAGAGGUAAGAUUGUGUCGAGAGAAAAAAUCAGGUGAUAUUUUUGCCAUGAAAAAGUUAAAGAAGUCAGAAAUGCUUAGCAGGGGACAGGUUGAACAUGUGAGAGCUGAGAGGAAUUUGCUUGCAGAAGUUGCCAGUCACUUCAUUGUGAAACUCUACUAUUCUUUUCAAGAUGCUAAGUAUCUGUAUCUAAUCAUGGAGUAUCUGCCUGGUGGUGACAUGAUGACUUUGCUAAUCAGAGAAGACACCCUAACUGAGAUGGUGGCCAGAUUUUACAUUGCUCAAAGUGUUCUGGCCAUUGAAUCUAUUCAUAAGCAUAAUUACAUUCACAGAGACAUUAAACCUGACAAUCUUCUGUUGGACAAAAAUGGUCAUAUGAGGCUCUCUGACUUUGGUCUUUGCAAGCCUCUAGACUGUAGAAAUUUAUCUCCCAUAAAUGAAAAUGAAACACUGGAUGAUGAGAAUUUGAAUGAAUCAAUGGAUGUUGAUGGGCAGUUCCCUGAAUCUGGUAGAGGAAGGCGGUGGAAAAGUUCCCUUGAACAAUUGCAGCACUGGCAGCAUAACAGAAGGAAAUUGGCAUUUUCAGCAGUUGGAACACCAGAUUAUAUUGCACCUGAAGUAUUGCUGAGGAAAGGAUAUGGCGCAGAGUGUGACUGGUGGUCACUUGGUGCUAUCAUGUAUGAAAUGCUUGUUGGUUAUCCUCCAUUUUACUCUGACGAUCCAGUGACGACAUGCAGAAAGAUAGUGCACUGGAAAAAUCAUUUGAAAUUUCCAGAUGAAGCAAGGCUGACACCUGCAGCAAAGGAUUUGAUCUGUAAGUUGCUUUGUGACGUUGACAAUAGGCUUGGUACUUUAGGAGCAAACCAAAUUAAAGCUCAUCCUUGGUUCAAAGAUACUCAGUGGAACAAGCUCUAUGAAACGGAAGCAGCAUUUAAACCACAGGUCAAUGGAGAUCUUGACACUCAAAAUUUUAUGAAAUUUGAUGAGGUAGAAUGUCCAAAACCAGAAAGGACGGGAUCUGGGCCAUUAAGGAAGAUGCUUUUAACUCCUGAAGAUCUUAAUUUUGUGGGCUACACAUACAAGAAUUUUGAGGCUGUCAAAGGGUUACGUCAUUCUUUUGAUAUAAAGGAGACGGCACCACUAAGGCAGUCAUCAAUUGACUCGUUCCACAGUGAUUCUGGUGUGGACUACUCUUCUAAUGAGACAGAAACGAGUAAGCUUUGAUGAUCGGGAGAUGGCAUGGAACGUCGAGGAAUGGCUCAAACCUUUCCAUGUAUAGCACCAUGCACAAUGGAUAAACAAGCUCUUCUUACUUUUGCUUGAUGGGUCUACCUGCUUAUUUCAGUCAGGUUCUACCCUGAUUUUGCUAAUUCAUUGAAGUUUGCUGCCACAAAUUGUCCAAACUAACAAGUGUACAGUAAAUAUCGAUUAGAAUGAGCAGAGUUCUUCCAAUGGGACUGGCGCUGGUAGCCAUAAGCGAGAGUUUCAUGUCCAUUUAGUCAUUGAGAUUUUAUUGAGGUUGUCCUCUUUUCAUCCUUUGUUGAUAGUCCAGUGAAUUGUUGAAAUGUCUAAAAAUAAAUGGUCAGGCUCGGGACUCAGGACAUUGACCGGUACAUUUACAAGGAAAGCCUUGUCCUUUGGCAAUGAACCGCAAAUCAUGUGUCUCAACUCUUCGCAAAGUAUUUUUCAUCAACAGAAAAAAAAAAAAAAAC